CGCGCUCUUAAUUGACAUCAAUAUGAUUGAGUCGCAAAAACUUCAAGUGGUGUUUUGUAAGCUCCUUCGUACUCGGUAAAGUCAUGGUAUUCGUGUAUGUGAUGGGGAGAAAUUCACCUUGAUUCUCUCUAUUUAUGCUCCUAAACAAUUUUGAAAGACAAGAUUCUCAACCAAGAUGUGUUCAUUUCCUGGUUUGCCAGUAGUUGGAUCCAAUACGACUGUUCAUAUCACAAGAGUCAAUUUAAACCCACACACUGUCUUAGUGGAAUUUGGAGGGAGUUUAAAUAAUGGUCAAGAAAACAUUGAAGUAUAUCAACACCUUAAAAAAGACCUUGAUAUCCCUAGGAAGCGGCAGCAGCAUACUUUUGAAGGUAAACCCGGAGAAGUUUGCUUGGUAUAUGAAGACAGAACUUGGCACAGAGCACGGAUACUUUCAAAAUCUGAACAUGAAUACAAGGUGUUCCUAAUUGAUGAUGGUAAAUUUCUUUGGGUCUCAAGCGAAGUUUUGACUAAAUGUCCACAGAACCUUUGCAGUCUUCCUCCCAAAGUAGAGCUUUGCAUAUUGGCCAAUGUGUCAGCUUUAUGUCUUGAGAGUGCAUGGUCUGUGGAUGCUUUAAAUGUCAUCAGAUCUCUGUCUGGAAAAGACAUCUCCGGGUGUGUGCAGGAUGUGAUAAUGCCUUCCAGAAUCAUCAUUCUUGACAUUCCUAGUCUAUCCAAACAAAUGUAUGACCUUGGAUUUGCUAGAAAUAUGUCUAACGGAGACUUUAAAAGCUUGGUAAUGCAUUUACAGCAUUUGCCAAGAAAAAACCCUUCCAUACAGACUGACCUUGUGACUACAAAUAGUCAGGAGGAGCAUGCCAGUGACCCGGACAGGUUGGAUCAAUACCUGUAUCCUGAGUUGUUGCCUGGAGCAGUUGAGACCGUAACUGUGACGCAAGUUAUUAAUCCAUUGAAAAUCUAUUGCAAAUUGCAUGUCUUAUCACAAGAGCUCAAGAAAUUAAGUGAACAGCUCCAAGAAUACUAUGAAGACUCUUUCGCUGUUCAGAUGCCAAUGCUGCUGUAUGAUGGGUCUCCAUGUGCAACCAAAGGAAGUGAAGGCAAGUGGUAUCGAUCUGUACUUCAGCAGAACAAUGUCUCCGAUGUUGUCAAAGUCUUUCAUGUCGAUUAUGGAAUCGGAGAUUUUGUUAAACUCUCCAAUAUCAGACCUUUAUCUGCAAGGUUCUUCAAAUUGCCAGUUGUCACCUAUGCAUGCUCUCUACAUGGUGUCAUUGACAAAGGCAUUGGAUGGAGGACAGAACAGAUAGAGUAUCUGAAAUCUGUUGUACUGGAUCAAAUCCUUGUUGGGAAAUUUGAGCAUUACAGUGCAAAUGAGAGUGUCUAUUAUAUAACGCUUUAUGGAAAUGACAGUGUGAAUGUGAACGACACUUUUGGCCACAGAGAGCAGUGUUUGUCAACGACUGAAAAGAUUUGUGGUGACCGAACUCUUGAGACUCUAAACAAAGUAGCACACAAAGAUAUGUCUGGGAGAAAUGUGCCUGUACAUUCUCUUGCUUCAACCACUUUAACCAAGUGCUCCGAUUCUUUUGAAGAUGUCACUGUGACCAGACUUUCCGAAAAUGGAAAAAACCUACAACCCGCAGAGGUACGUCCCUCAUCGAAUGUCACUGCAGCUCCAUCUUUUCAGAAUGAAACAUAUGUUGUUUCACCACCCAAAACUGAAGUGGGCGCAGAGGAGAAGGUUCAAAUAACCUGUGUCCAAAGUGUAAAUCAGUUCUAUGGCCAUUUUACACAAAAUACUGAAACGGUCAUGAAAAUGACCAUAGGUAUUCAACAACUGUGCCAAAAUCAACCACAAGCAAAGUUUUCAAUUUACCCUGAGAUGAUGUGUCUUGCUAAAUACGCUGAUGGGCUGUGGCACCGAGGACAAAUUGAAUCAACGCAUCCGAAAAUACUUGUCCAAUUCGUAGACUAUGGUGACGUGGUGGUUUUGGAGAAAUCUGAUAUUCUGCCACUUCCUCCAAAGGCUAGUGAAAUUGCAUCCAUUCCCAUUCAGGCUGUUCAGUUUGAACUUUUUAAUGUCACAUUACCUGAGCAAUGUGAGCUUAAUGAGUGGUUUAAAAACUAUGCUACAGACUGCAUGUUCACCGCCAUUGUGAAACAAAAUUCAGGCAAACUAUCAGUGGAGAUUUAUGACGAGAAAACAAACCUCAACUCAAAAAUUAAAGAGCAGUGGAACGAAACGUCCAAAGGAAAAGGGUUUACCUUAAGCAAAGGAAUGGAAAAGGCUCAUAUUUUCAGUAAGUCUGCAGAAGGCAUGGAGUCUAGAGGUGAGAGACACAAUUUCAGAACUACAUCAAAAGCACAUAAGACCUCUAAGAAGGUCCCAAAACCAGUUGUUGAAGACACAUUGGAACAAAACUUCCAGACUUUUACUAGUCACACAACUGGACACAGUAGAGCUAAGCCUAUUGUUUUACAGCAACAAGUGUCAAGUCAUUAUCCAAAGCUCACAGAUCUUCCCCCGAGAGCCUUGGAUGCAGGAUUAGUUUCAGACAUCUAUGUUUCACAUUGUAAUAGUCCAUCAAGUUUUUUUGUACAAUUGGCAAGUGAUGAAGGUGAAAUAUUUUCCCUUCUUGACAAACUUAAUUCUGCUCCGUUAAGUGAUGCACAAGUUGAACUAGACCUGUUGCAGUCAGAUGACUUGGUCGUAGCUGAAUAUACUGCUGAUGGUGCCUGGUAUCGUGCGGUUGUUCAAGACAAGAAAAAUGGCGUAGUUCAGGUGCAGUUUAUUGACUUUGGCAAUGAGGCAACACUCCUGCCCCAUAAAAUAAGGCAACUUGACAAGCAGUUCCUCAGCAGCCCCAGGUUCAGUAUUCAGUGCACACUGGAAGAUGGUAGAAGGGGAAAAAGAGAUUGGACCCAGGAAGAGAUAAUGACUUUCAAAAAAGCAGCAGGUGAACAUGGUGAGAAGAAAAUUCAAUGCAAGUUCAUCCAAAAGGACACAUCUGCUUGGAUUGUUAGUUUAGAACUUGAACUUGAGGAAAGGCAUUUGUUUGAUGCCGUUCUCAAACCAGGUGCUCAACCUGAAUCCCAAAUGCACUGUGAUGAAUGUAUCCAGCCGUUUGCAUUCAAGGAACCAGCUAUAAGUCAAGGACAAAUUGUAGAUGCAUAUGCUUCAUCUAUCGUUGGACCAAAUUACUUCUGGUGCCAGUUCAAAAACUCAGAGGAACUUGACAAAAUCUCCCUGCUUGCACAAGAAAUAGGAAACUCUAGUCAAACAAAACCAAUUCGGCCAGAUCAGUUAUGCCAGGGACCCUGCCUGGCACUCUUUUCUGACAGGCUAUGGUACCGUGCACAGGUUAUCAAUACACAUUCUAAAACAGUCUCUGUUCAUUUUAUAGAUUAUGGAAAUGAGUCUGAAAUUGACUUGAUCUUUGUUAAACCCCUGCCCACCAAGCUCCUGGAAAGCCCUCCACAAGCAUUUCUUUGUCAGUUAGAAGUUUUGGGGUCCGCGGAUGGCAUGUGGAGCGACGCUGCAGCUGAUAAGUUCUUUGAGCUUCUGGUGGAUGAACCCUUAAAAGUGACCAUUCUGAAUACGGUAAUGUCCUCUGACCUUCCAAACUGUUCUCCGUAUAACGUCAUUGUUGAAUGUAAUGGGCUAAUUGUUAAUGAUCUUAUGAAAGAUUACUGGUGUGACCCCAAGCCUCAAGUUUGUAGCAAAGUGACAGUGGGCGCAAAUAUAAAACCCACUGCAAGUGAGCACAGUUUUGGAAUAAAAAGCUCUGAAACCGUUCAGAAAGAUAACGCUCCCAAGCUUAACUGUGGCCAGGUAAAUAAUGGAGCAUCAAAUGAUGUAAACCCUGACCUUCAUAGCUUUGACCCACAGAUUUCUCAGAACAAAUUAGUGGCAGCCGAGACCCAAGAGAAAAGCAUUACGUACCCAACAUUGACCGCGGUAGAUGGAAGCAUGAUGGUUCCUGAACUAUCAGUGCAGUGUUUACCUCAAGCUGUAGAUCUUCCUCUACGUAUGAUAGAACCAGGCAAGGUGUCUGAAGUGUAUGUUUCACACAUCAACAGCCUGACAAGUUUUUUUGUUCAACUGGAAGAAGAUGAAAACGCAUUAUUCACCCUCACCGAGCUAUUGAAUUCCCAUCAGCAAUCUGAGAAAGAUGAUAUUCAUGCAUCAAGUGUUCAGCAGGGAAGUUUGGUGAAGGCCAUGUUUUCUGAAGAUGAUUCUUGGUAUCGUGCGGUCGUGAAGGAUAUGACUCAAAAUGGCAUGAUUCAGGUAGAGUUCAUAGAUUUUGGAAAUGAGGCAACUGUUUCUCUCCUUAAAAUUUGUAGACUUGAUGUGCCACUGCUGUCUUACCCGAGGUUCGGCAUUCACUGCAGCUGCAAUCUAGAUGAUCAAUUUAAGAUGCAGAAAGGAAUGGAGCAGAUGUUUCUCUUCAAUAAUAUAUUUGGUGAAGCUGGUGAGAACAAGCUGUCUUGCAAGUUUAUCAAAGAAAAUGGCAUUACUUGGGAAGUUAAAAUUACUCCCAGUGGCAACUCUUCCGAUUCAAAUGAGAAAUUGGAUAGUUUAGAUGCAAAAGCAUCACCGGUAGUAUCCAAACCUGUGAAGGACACAUUCCAGCUGCUCUUCAAGAAACCAGAAGUGUCUUUGGGGCAGACAGUAGAAGCCUUUGCAUCAUGCAUUGUUGGACCAGAUUACUUCUGGUGCCAGUUUUCAAACUCUGAAAUUCUUGACCAAAUCACCCUUGUUGCCCAAGAAUAUGGAAACUCUAGUGGGACACAGCCGAUUAAGGUGGACAAGUUGGAUCCUGGAAGCCUGUGCCUGGCUCGUUUCUGUGAUGAUCAGAUGUGGUAUCGUGCGCAGGUUAUUAAUAAAUGGACAAACGUUGUAUCUGUCCUUUUUGUUGACUUCGGAAAUGAGUCUGAAACCAGUGAAAACUCUCUUAAGGCACUACCUUGUGACUUGCUGGAAAGUCCACCUCAAGCUUUUCUGUGUCAGUUGGAAGGGUUUGAUCCGUCCAAAGGAUCUUGGGACAGUGGUGCAACUGACAACUUCUACAAACUCUUAGUGGAUAAACCUCUUAAAGUGACUGUGCAGUGCAUUGACGGUAACCCUCCAUAUUAUGUUAAAGUUGAGUCUCCACAAUGUCUUGUAAAUGAGCUUAUGAUGAAGUUUUGGAGUGGUUCUGCACAAAAUGAUCAGACCUCUUCUGAGGUGAUUGAAUCCAUUGCAUCAACAUCUGAUCAACAGGUUUCAGAGGAUAAAAUGAGUGUGAGCCUUGGAAUCUCUACAGAGGAUAUGCACACAAUUGAACAACAUGGAGCUGAUCAAAUCAAACCUUUAAUAGUAAAAGGAGACUUGCUUGAUGUACCUGAGAAGAAGGUGGAUGAUCAGCUUGAUGGAGCAGAUGUGAUUGCUGUGGUCACUAAUACUGAUGUCAGUGCUGAUGAUCCUUCAAGGAUGGAUUUAGAAAUCCACAAAGUCGGUCAUGAAUCUGAUGAGGGCAUCCCUGUUGUGUCAACUGAGCAAAUGCUGCUGCACACAGAGAAAAGAAAAGAUAUAGAUGGAUCUGAAAAAGUGGGCAACCCGAAGACGGCAAGCAGAAGUAUAGCUGGUUUAGAAAAUCUAAUUUUACCCAUGGUAUUUGGUUUUUUGUUUAUGCUUUUCCUUUUCUUUGGUAUGUGGGGAUUUUUUUUUUAAUUCAUUAAGUAAUCUUGUUUUAGAUUAAUAACCGUAUUUUUGUUGUUACUUUGUAGGUUUGCACUGAAGAUUCAUGUGACUCUGUUAAGUGCAUCUUCAAAUAAACAGAAUUUUAAGCUUUAUAGUGAAAAGGUAUAAUUUUUUUCAUGGGUAAUAUGAAUGUGAACUGACAAAUAAUUGUUUCAAACAGAUAACUUUGGAAGUUAACGAUUUUAUUUUGCCAUGUUGCUUUUAAUUUUAAAACAUAAGAGCCAUGUCUGAUUGCAAUGUUAGGUUUUGUUAUUACUUUUUAUGCAGUUUUUACACAAGUAAUUGUGAACUAAAGUGAUGAUUGCACGGAAAGUGCAAGUGUUGCAGGCCAUAAUCCUGCUCUACCUUCACUCAAAAAUUGGUAGUUGGUUUGGAUUACAUGUGCAGUGAUACAUUUUUCUUUCUUCUCCUGAUUGUAAAAUAUAAGAAUGUGUAUUCAUUUUUCUUUUAUCUUGAUAAUUGUUUGUUGGAAUAAAAGCAAUUCAUACAA